CGAUCCAGCACCACCACCACUCCAACAUGUCUGCGUUCAGCUUCUGCCUGCUCAUCAGCCUGGCCAUUGCCGCCGUUGCCCAAUACUACGGCGACUCCUACUACGACGACUACAGCUACAGCCAGUACGGCGCCGCCUCUGGAGGCGCUGCGCAGCUGGACUACCUGUAUAGCGAGGUGGCGCCCUCGUAUGGCACCGCACAGUACAGCGUGGCACAUGGCUCGGACGGCCGAUCGUACGCCUAUGCCGCGGCCAGUGGAGCCAACGGCGCUAGAGCCGUGGCCGAGGCACCUGGCUCCUAUGGCAAGCAAAUUAGCGGCAGCUAUCCGAUCUACCCGUCUGUCUACGUGACGGCUGCACCCCCGGCGGCGACUACGCCUGCUCCUGUAACCGGUCCUACAACGGCGACUACACCUGCUCCUACAUAUGCGCCUGGAGCUGCUCCUACAUACGCCCCGCCAAAUGGAUAUCCUACAGCAGCUCCUACCGCAGCCCCUACCGCAGCUCCUACCGCAGCUCCUACCGCUGCCCCUACCGCUGCCCCUACCGCAGCGCCUACUGCAGCGCCUACUGUAGCUCCUACGGUUGCUCCUACGGUUGCCCCUACAGUGGCUCCUACAGUGGCUCCUACGGUUGCUCCUACAGUGGCUCCUACAGUGGCUCCCACAGUUGCUCCGACAGUUGCUCCAACAGUUGCCCCUACAGUGGCUCCCACAGUGGCUCCCACAGUGGCUCCCACAGUUGCUCCUACAGUGGCUCCCACAGUUGCUCCCACAGUGGCUCCCACAGUGGCUCCCACAGUGGCUCCCACAGUUGCUCCUACAGUGGCUCCCACAGUUGCUCCCACAGUGGCUCCCACAGUUGCUCCCACAGUGGCUCCAACAGUUGCGCCUACGGUUGCUCCUACGACAGUGGCACCUACCACACCAGCCGGCGCAAGUCCCUUCAGACUCGUCGUAAGCGCUGGCGGCGUUCAAAUAUUCAGCGUUGCAAUCGACUUGAACUGUGCUACGGGAAAUAUUUAUGAGAUUAGCCUGACCCAGGGCACUGCACCGUUCUUCGAAGUGAGCGGCUGUCUGGCGCCCUAGAAGACAACUAACGACAACUAACUUUAGCAAUACGAAUAA